AUGAAUUAUCAAGCAAGUGAACAAUUAUUACAAAGUCAAUUUUUAGGAAACAUUAUUGAAUUGAGUUUUUCUAAUCAGACUUUGACUCAAAGUGGUGUUUUGUCAAAUGUUAUCAAAUCUCUAAUUUUAAUGAAAGAAUUAAUUACGUUGGAUAUUUCUUACCAAAAAAUAGGUGAUGCAGGAUCGAAUACAAUUGGUCAAUUGAUCAAAUUGACAAAACUUUAUGUUUGUGGAAAUGAAAUCAGUAGUGAAGGAGCCAAGUCAAUUGGUCAAUUAAAAAAUCUUACCUAUCUCAGUGUCAGAAUUAAUCAUCUUGGAUCUGAAGGAGCCAAAUCAAUUGGUCAACUUGAAAAAUUAAGAACACUUUACAUUGCGCACAAUCAAAUUGGAGAUGAAGGAAUCAAAUCAAUUAGUCAAUUGAAGGAAUUAACAACAUUAUAUACAGACUACAAUCAAAUUGGAAGUGGAGGAGCCAAAUCAAUUGGUGAAAUGAAACAAUUAACAGAACUUGGCAUUUCUGAAAAUAAUAUUGAAGACGAAGGGGCAAAAUCAAUUGGUCAACUAAUAUAUCUUAGAAAACUCUCAGCAUCUCGAUGCAGAAUUGGUGAUGAAGGGGCUGAAUCAAUUAGUAAAUUGAUUAAUUUAACAAAACUCAGUAUUAACACAAAUCCAAUCAAAGAUGAAGGAGCCCUCCACAUUAUUAAAUUACCCCAACUGAAAAAGCUUGACAUCACUCGGUGUAGUAUUAAAAGUGAAGGGAAAAAAGUGCUCACCGAAAUGAAACUAGUAUUCAAAACUCUCUAUCACUAA